AUGGCAGCAAGAAACCCGGGACCCUACCUAAACCAAGUACCUAUCGGCUUCCCCAGUUACAACAGAAAAGUGUUUAGGGACAUUCUAGCCAGGCGUGCCUUUAUGGAGUCCGAAGUCAACACGCGGGUUUAUAAAAACGUUUUUGAAAACCUGGGCUUUAAGGGGCAAAUAAGAGUCAACAACAAGGUCGGAGUUAACCGGAUACGUAUGAGGUGCAUACAAGGCGGGUAUUCUAGAGGAAUUUACAAAUUCACGAGGAUGGCGAAAAUGGCUUUUUUUCAAACGGCAAGAGAAGGGUGGUUAAAAAAGUAUGGUUAUCGACCUGACCUGUUCAGGUAA